AUGUCGGCAGAAGUAGAUGGAUUCGACUGGGAGGCCGUUCUGGCCGACUGGCAGAGGAGAGGCAACAACCUGGCCACGGUGCACGCGGUUCCGGUCCUCGUGUCGGCGGUGCUGUGGACGCUUGUCCAUGAGUGCUCCGGGUGGGUGCUGGGCUUCUUCCUCAACACCAAGCUUGACCUGCCACCCACCCACAGCUUCAAGUGGCGCAGUCGAGUGGUGUCCUUCUUCUUCAGCCUCACCAUACUGGUGGGCGCCUUCUACGGACUUCUCUUCGACCCCUUCCUCCAGGGCGACUCCUUCACCUCGUACUCGACCGUGGCGUACUACACCAUUACCACUGCAGUGGGCUUCUUCUUGUGGGACGUCAUCAUCUGCGCGCGCCACUACGACGAGUUCCGCUUCCCUCUCCUCUUCCAUGGCAUCGCUUGCCUCCUCACCUUCCUCCACUCGCUGCAGGACGGCAAGUUCAUGUACUACGGCUGCUUCUACCUGACCUUCGAGGCCAGCACGCCCUUCCUCAACAUGCAGUGGCUGCUGGAGAAGAUGAACGCACGCCCGUCCCUGAAGCUGGCCAACGGUGUCUUGCUGCUGUCGUCCUUCUUCGUGUUCCGCAUCGCACUGGGCAUCGGCUACUCCUUCCUCGUAUGGCAGGACAUCAACGAGCGCCUGCCCGCCAUGACCGACUCGUCCGACCGGUUCUUCGGCUACUACUACACCAUUGCGAUGCUCUCUCUCAGCUUGCUCAACGUCUACUGGUUCUACCUCCUCUGUCGGCUCAUGGUGGCCAGGAUCACCGGCACCGACAACAGCUCGAAGAAGACGCAGUGA